AUGUUCGGGCUGGAGCAGUUCGAGCCGCAGAACAGCGGCCGGAGCGGCGGGCAGGCGGAGCGGGGCUUCGGCCAGCCCGGACUGAGCAUGAGCGCGCACUUCAAGGCGCCGGCAUUCCCCGGCGGCGGCCCAGCACCGGCGGACCCGGCCCUGGGAGCGCUGGGCGAGCCGCCCCUCCUGGGCAUGAACAUGAGCCUGGCCGGGGACGGCUACGGCUUCCCGGGCCGCGGCCCCGCCGAGCUGCACGGCGGCGGCAUGCAGCCGCCUGUGCACGGCUUCUUCGGCGGACAGCAGCCGCACGGCGGCCCCGGAGGCGCCCCCCACCCGCACCAGCACCCCCCGCACUUCGGCGGCGGCUUCGGGCCCGACCCCGGCGCUUCCUGCGUGCACGGCGGGCGCCUUCUGGGCUACAGCGGCGCGCUGGGCGGGCAGACGGCGUUCGCCGACGGCUACGAGCACAUGGCCGAGGGCCAGGGCGGCGAGGGCUUCGGGCAGCAGCGACCCGGGACCUUGCCCGAUUUCCAGCACCACGGCGCCGGCGCCGCCAGCCACGCCGUGCCGGCGCCCUGCCUGCCCCUCGACCAGUCCCCCAACCGCGCUGCCUCCUUCCACGGGCUGCCGGCGGCCGGCUCCUCCGAGCCCCACGGCCUGGAGCCGCGGCGGCUGCCGGCGCAGGGCGGCGUGGACUCGCUGGAAUACAAUUACCCUGGCGACGGCCCUGCCGGCCACUUCGAGCUACCCGUCUUCUCGCCGUCGGAGCCUGAGGGGCAGCUGCCGCACUACGGCGGCGGGCGGCAGGUGCCGGCGGGCGGCAGCUUCGCGGGGGCGCCCGCCCUGCCCCGGGCGCCGGGCAUGGCCGUGGCCAAGGCGCACCCGCCGCAGCAGCACGGCGUCUUCUUCGAGCGCUUCGGGGGGGCGCGGAAGAUGUCGGCCAGUAUGGAGCCGGGGGCCAACGCCAGGCACCCGCUGAUGCAGCAGCAGCAGCAGCAGCCACCACCACCACCACCGCAACCACCGCAGCAGCCGCCGGGCUUGCUGGCCAGACAGAACUCCUGCCCGCCAGCCAUCCCUAGGCAACAGCAAACAGAAGCCAACGCUCCCAACUCCAACCUGCAGGACAAUGGGCCCAUAAUGCAGAACCAGCAUGCACAGUUUGAAUACCCUAUUCACAGACUGGAGAACAGGAAUAUGCAUCCCUACACCGACCCCGUGUUUAAUAUGCAGCACCCUCCUCCGCAACAGCCACCAAAUCAAAGACUGCAGCACUUCGAUGCCCCCUACGUGAGCGUCGCCAAGAGGCCGCGCUUUGACUUCCCCAACACUCCUGGCGUCGAGCGCUGCGCCUCCUGGGGUGGCGGCAGCAUGCACGGCCCGGCCAUGGAGAGUCACCUUUCCCCGACGGCCUACCCCGGCCUGCCGGGCGAGUUCACCCCGCCGGCACCUGAGGCCUUUGGGGGCCCAUUGCCACACGGCGGCCCUGAGCACCCGGCAUUGGCGCAGCGCCAGAACGCGGCCCUGGUGAUGAAGCAGAUGGCCUCGCGAAGCCAGCAGCGCCUGCGGCCGCCCAGUCUGCAGCAGCUGGGGCAUCAUGGUGAGGUGGGCGCACCCGGCAGCCUGCCCCCGCCAGCCUUCGAGCGGGAGGCUGGUGGCGGCCGCAGCUUCGAUGCGCCGGCGCCGCACCUGGCCCCCGACGGCGCCUGGUUCGCAGGGCCGCCGCCGCCCGGGGAGCUGCUGCAGAGGCGCUUGGCGGCACCCGGGCUACCAGCCGAGGCAGCCCCCCACGAGCUGGGCCUGCAGCCGGGUGGCCCUGCCGUGCUCUUCCGGCCGGGCGCCAGUGGGCUGGGGCUGCAGGAGCCCUUGCGCAUGGCGGGUGAGGGGCCGGCACAGGCCCUGACGUCGCCCGGCGUCCAUCCGCCCUUCACCCCCACAAUGGGUGGCCUCUCGCAGCUGCAGUCACCAGGCAGCGGUGUGGCACUGCCCAGUGCCCCCGCUGAGCGCCGUGGCCCCGCCGACUUCGCCGCUCAGCCCGGCUUUCCCUUUGGGGCGGCAGCGCGGCAGCCGGCGGCCCACGGGGCUGCACCUGCCCUCAGCGCCUCGCCCGGGGCCUACCCGCCGCCCCCGCCCGAGUUUCCCCCGCCACCCCCACCACGGCCCGCCGCCAGCAAGCUGGGUGCCCUCUCGCUGGGCUCCUUCAGCAAGGCGGCCAGCAAGGACAACGUCUUCGGGCAGAGCUGCCUGGCUGCCCUCUCCACUGCCUGCCAAAACAUGAUCGCGAGCCUGGGCGCUCCCAACCUCAACGUCACCUUCAACAAGAAGAGCCCGGCCGAGGCCAAGCGCAAGCUCAGCCAGGCCGAGCCUGACCCGCCACCUGCUGCCCCGGACUACUUCCCAGCAGGGCCACCAGUAGGUGGGGGUGGCACGGGCAAAGCAGGGGGCACUGCCCCGCUGCUGCCCGCGGAGAGCAGCCUCUCGCCCGGCUACGCGCUGGAGCCGGUGGCCGGUGGCGAGGGGAAGGCGGGUGGCGGGAGGGGUCGGGGUCGCCGGAAACGGGACAGUGGACACGUCAGCCCCGGCACGUUUUUUGAGAAGUUCUCAGCUGCCGAGGGUGGGGGAGCCGGUGUCAGCCCAGGGCAGCCGGCAGUGCCGGUGGCGGCGGGGGCCCCGCCGGGGGCUGCGGGCGCUGAGCGCGGUGGAGGCACCCCUCAUGACAAGCCCCUGACCUCGCCAUCCUGGGGCAAGGGCAGUGAACUGUUGCUGGCGGAGCAGCCCGACCUGAUGUCCUCCCUGGACAGCGGCAUCCAGAGCGUGACCAAGUCAGACGGCAGCUCCCCGCACGUGGACUUUCCCGACGAGGUCAGCACCAGCUAUGGCAACGAGGACGAGGUAUCCUCCAGCUCCGACAAUGCCACCUCCAAGCCCACCCGUAGCCCGCUGCUGGGUGGUUCGCCCAAGCUGCCCCGUGGGGAGCACGCACUUCUCAACGGACAGAAGCCCCUGGCCCUUGGCCUUCUCAGUACAUCUACCUCGACCCCCGACAGCUAUGGGCUCAGCACCACGGCGGGUGCUCACCCUGGCACACCAAGCAUGGAGCAGGUGCGGACCCCCACAAGCACCUCGGCCCAGGAUGAGAUCCACCCCCUGGAAAUCCUGCAGGCACAGAUCCAGCUCCAGCGGCAGCAGUUCAGCAUCUCGGAAGACCAGCCCUUGGGGUUGAAGAGCAAGAAGGGGGAGUGUGCGGGGCAGAAUGGGGACAGUGACCUGGGCAGCUGCUGCUCGGAGGGUGUCAAGGGCACCAUGAGCACCAUCGACCUGGACUCCCUGAUGGCAGAGCACAACUCCACCUGGUACCUGCCUGGAGAGAAGGCUCUGAUGGAGGGGCAGGAGGAGGACAAGCCCAUGGCGCCCUGGGAGAAGCCCAAGCCCCCGAACCCCAGCAAAGAAGCCCACGACCUUCCCCCGAGCAAGACCUCGGCGGCGGCGGCGCAGACGGGCACCCACCUGCAGUGCCUCUCGGUCCACUGCACGGACGACGUGGGCGAGGCGAAGGGCCGGACUGCGGUGCCGACGUGGAGGUCCCUGCACUCGGACAUCUCCAACAGAUUCGGGACUUUUGUGGCUGCCCUGACUUGAACAAAAGAAAUUAUUAUUUUUUUUUCUUUUUUUAAUUUCAAAGGGCCGCUACUGCUAGGUGGACUAUUUUUCUAGGUUGGUACCUGCUUAGUGGCAUAUGGACUGGAAAGGGUUAAUUUAAAGUAAACCUCAACUUUUUUUUAAUCUUCCGCCACAGUAUGUUACCAGUGUUAACCCUUCUGCAGUUAGCACACUUUUGCUUAAGAUUUUCCUGCUAGACCACUUUUUCCCAUUAUUCUGUAACCUUGGCAUACAUUUAUAGAUGAGGCCUUUUCCUUUUUCAUCUCAGUGUGUGUCCAAGUCACGUAUGUCAUAAUAAGACAAAGAUUCUCCUUUUCCUCCUCUUCCUCCUCCUCCUCCUCCUCCUUUUCUUCCUCAUUUGCUUUGUUUUUGUUUUGUUUUGCUUUGUUCAGUGCUUAUUAGGAUGGUGAUCCUGAGGAGCAGCAGUUCAGGAAUAAACGCCAGUGAAGGUGAAAUGGUCAGCAUUAAAUCAUAUGUUAUAGUGACACCCAGCCUUUGCCAGUCUCAUACAAACCAAGUAGUUGAUGCUCUGUUGAAUGUUUAGGCAUGAACCUGCCCUUUCCUGAGAGAAUGAGGCUCUGCUAUUAAGAAGGUUCAGCCUCGUUUUGCUCUGUGCCUCCUGGUGAGGCCAGGAUGCUCUUUCCUCCAUGUACCUGGGUGUAGCCCUGGGAUGGAGCUCUGUCAUGAACGGGCUGGUUCAGGCACAGCAGGGAAGGUAUGGAGAGGUUUUUCUAAAGAAGUCUAAUAGUCAUUAUCUCCUCCUCCAAAGGCCCAGGCUUCAUUUUGCUUGCCUGGGCCUGGUGGUGCUCCUGCAGUUCCUGCUUUGUUCAUACUGGAGAAGAAAACCCCUGCACCCUGCCCAUAUUUUGCCCAUUUUAAACUGCAGAAAGAUGCUGUUGAUUGGGAGCAGGUCCAGUGUCCCUUGCAUUUACCUGGUGGUGCUCCAGCCCCUGCCACAACAGGUC